AUUUCAUCUCUACGCUCGGUUAUAAACGUAGCAUGGUGACACGAUAUGUCAGUCCUCUCUUGACAGCCAUUCAUCGUGCCUGGAAAUUGCAGCUGACUUUCAUACGCGCCAACGAUCGGUCGGAACAAUGGAGGUAGCAAUUAUAGUUGCGAUGGCGUUCCUUAGCAUGUUUACGUUCUGCGAGGACGCAUAUGCUCUUCCCGACGAUGCAAAAGCGACCACCAUGAAGGAAAUAAAGGAACCCAAGGAGAUCAAAGAAGCGGCGACCGCGUCGAAGGACGUAAAGGAUGCCAUCAAGGCUGCCAAGGAGGCGAAGAAAAGUAAGAAGGAUUGCGCUAGGGAAUGUGGAGACGAUUACGAUCCUGUUUGCGUUCACGAUCCCGCGGACUCCAAUAUCAAGCCGAGGACCUUUGGCACGCAGUGCGCUCUGGACGUCCACAACUGUGAAAUGGGAACAAAACUGGCCGUGAAGAGCAAAGGGGAGUGUCCAGGAUCUGGCGGAGCAAGAUUGUCCUGAACGAUCAGACGUCAAUUUCGAAAGACCCAUUGAAAGACGCAAUGUAGAAUAGUCAGGUCAAUUGUCAUUAUCGCAAAUUUCCAAUUAGUUUGCAGUAAAUAUUUUAAUGCAUUAUGACGCGGCGCGGCUCUUUCUCUGCAUACAUAUAUAUAAGAUAGUGAUAUACACGAGGACACUAAUAUAUAAUGACGCGACGAAAAGUCUGAUAACCGAUUGCACGUCAAACUAUACGCUGUAUACGAAUUCAAUAUAAGAAGAGACGAAAAUGUAUCUAUCUAAUAAAUAUUAACGAUGAGCAAUCA